CUGCAGCCGCCAUGAUUCUUGUUUGCUUUCAGUGAGAAACAACGCAUACAAAGUGGAGCAGAAACAAAGGAAACACGCACUCGUCUUUCUGAAUUGGCAACUUAUGGUUUUGCAGUAUUGCAGGGAUGCCCAAGGAGAAAUAUGAUCCGCCAGACCCCAGGCGGAUGUAUACAAUAAUGUCAAGCGAAGAGGCCGCCAACGGGAAGAAGUCAUACUGGGCUGAAUUGGAGAUAACUGGUAAAGUGAAGAAUUUGAGUACAUCAUUAUGGUCCUUGACUCAUCUCACAGCACUGUACAUCAGCGACAAUUCCCUUUCACGCAUCCCACCUGACAUUGCCAAACUACACAACCUGGUGUACCUGGACCUGUCGUCCAAUAAAAUAAGAAGUCUGCCGGCCGAGCUUGGCAACAUGGUGUCUCUCAGGGAACUGCUUUUGAAUAACAACCAGUUGCGGGUUCUACCUUUUGAACUUGGAAAGCUGUUUCAGUUACACACACUGGGCUUGAAAGGGAACCCACUUGCACAAGAAAUCUUAAACCUCUACCAGGAACCCGAUGGAACUCGCCGGCUAUUGAACUACCUGCUAGACAAUCUUGCAGGCACUAAGCGUGUGUCCACUGAGCCGCCACCCCCUCGCUCCUGGAUACCUCUGCAGGACCCCGACAGAACAAGGCCAACAGCUCUGUUCUCGGUUAUGUGCUACAACGUGCUGUGUGACAAGUACGCCACGCGCCAGCUGUAUGGCUACUGUCCCCCCUGGGCCCUCAACUGGGACUACAGGAAGAAGUCCAUCAUGCAGGAGAUCAUGAACUGCAGCGCGGACAUCAUCAGCUUGCAGGAAGUUGAGACUGAACAGUACUACAACUUCUUUCUGGUGGAGCUGAAGGAGCAGGGCUAUGAGGGCUUCUUCAGUCCCAAGUCACGAGCCAGGACCAUGUCAGAGUCGGACCGCAAGCACGUCGACGGCUGUGCAAUAUUCUACAAAACCGACAAGUUCAGCCUGGUCCAGAAACACACGGUGGAGUUUAACCAGCUGGCCAUGGCCAACUCGGAAGGCUCUGAGGUCAUGCUCAACCGAGUCAUGACCAAGGACAACAUUGGAGUGGCUGUGCUCCUGGAGGUGCGCAAGGAGAUGAUGGAACUAUCCGCUGGCAAGCCCCUGCACGGCAUGGAGAAACAGCUGAUCCUGGUGGCUAACGCCCACAUGCACUGGGACCCGGAGUACUCGGACGUCAAGCUGGUGCAGACCAUGAUGUUCCUGUCGGAGGUGAAGAACAUCGUGGACAAGGCCACGCGCAGCCUCAAGCUCUCCUCCGUCUCCGGGGAGACCAACCCCAUCCCCCUCGUGCUGUGCGCUGACCUCAACUCGCUGCCAGACUCCGGCGUGGUGGAGUACCUGAGCACGGGCGGCGUGGACAGCACCCACAAGGACUUCAAGGAGCUGCGCUACAUCGACUGCUUGACAAACUUCAACUGUAACGGCAAGAAUGGCACGUCCAACGGCCGCAUCACCCACGGCUUCAAGUUGAAGAGUGCCUACGAGAACGGCCUGAUGCCUUACACCAACUACACGUUCGACUUCAAGGGCAUCAUCGAUUACAUCUUCCACUCUCAGCCCCUGCUGAACGUGCUUGGCGUGCUGGGUCCGCUGGAUACACAGUGGCUCAAUGAGAACAAUAUCAGCGGCUGCCCCCACCCCCACGUCCCCUCCGACCAUUUCUCGCUGUUUGCACAGCUGGAGCUGAUUCUCCCCUACCCGCCCUCAGUCAAUGGAAUCCAUCUACCUGGACGCAGGUAGUUCUCCGAGCCACCAGGGGGGAAAGGCCUAAGCCACACUGGCCGGGCUGGGUCGGGCGUGACACUGGCCCAGGGUUGCAGACAUCUGAAUUUGUAAAGAGCAGUGUGGUUACGGCUAACUCGUUAAGAAAAAGAGAAAAGAGUUCCCAAUGGAUUUUAACUGAAAAAAAAACGGACGCUAAGGUCAAUCUUUUCUGUAUCACCUUUUUUCUGGGGCACAAUUUUAAGAGAAAAAAAAGAAGACAAAUGUUCUAUACUUUUCACACUGUAUGUAAAUGUAGGGGUCCUAAGUAUUCCGUGUAAGUUUACUUACAGAAAAUCGAAGCUUUUUAAAGAUGAAAAAAAAAAUUCUACAUAAGGCAAUACCUUAAGUCACAUGCAGGGCUUUUCGUAACUACAGUCACAACCUACCUGAUAUUAUAAACAUAUGAGGUAUUUUGGAACACGCCAUUCGGAGGCCAGUUAUAAGACCAAGCAGCUACUUUAAAGGGGGGACCAUAAGCCAGCCGUGUGACUGAAAUAAAUGAUAACCUUUACCCUCUUUUAACACAUCCCAGUCAAAACCUCCCCUCCCCUGUCUCACAUGUAACAUAACCACACACACACAUGAAAACUCACGCACUCCCGACAUCCACACACAUGUACACACACUAAUCCAUUCUGAUGACCAUCUGUAGUGUACGAGGCCCAGGGGCUCUGGACCUGUUGGUUAAAAUCAUUUUAGUUUUUUCCUUUUUGUUUUUCCCACCGUACACACUGGUGCUGAGCCCAACCCGUGGGGUGCUACAGGCCUUAUGAGAGCUAUCGCUCUUCUCUAUUUUAAUUCAAAGUAGUGACCCAGAGUUUAGUCAUGGGGAUCAUUAAAAAAAGUCACUUUCCCUUCUUUUUCUCCCCCCUCUGCUGUUCACUUGAGUUUGCUUCUAUGAUCUGCUUUUUGUCUCUUAAGAAGAAAAAAAAAGAAAAUACUUUUCGUCUGAUUUUAAUCCUCCUUGCUGUCUUAUCGAAAUAGAAAGAAAAACCCUAUCAUGCUAAAAUCAUGCCCUUUGGUUGAUGUCUUUUACGCUUGUCCGUAGCUGUUUUUUUUAUGAUUAUCUGGAUGUACUGCCACUGACCUGUAACCCCAAACCCCCAGCACCCUCCACCCAACACCCCACACCCCCUGCCACAACCCACUCACCCGACUCAGGCGAAUCGUUUCUUUUGAAGAUGUGUUAUUUUGGUCUGUUUAAUGUAAACUUCCCCUCCCCUCCCACUGCAUCUCCUCUCUGCUGUCCUGCCCCUCUCCCUGCCCCAGCACCAUGCCCCUGUCCCACUAUAUAGUGCCAUCCUAUGCAUUCUACCACAAGGCCAAGUGUAAAGCUCCCUGUCCGCCUGCUACUGUAAAAAGAAAACCCUUUCAGAGGCUGAGGGGAAACUAAAAUGGACUUUUUUUUGUCAGUUAUUGUUGUUGACUACCUUUUUUUUUUUUUUUGCUUUGGAAGUUUUCAUCACCAUAGUGGCACAGUCGUAUACCACCACCCUAAAAAUUCCAGAUUCGCAGCAGUUUUUCACAUGCACAUACGUCUGUCUGUCUGUCUCUCCAAUUGUCUUUCUCCCACCUCUUUUUUUCUUUAUGCCCUUCUUCUCUAUCUCUCUGUCCGUCUGUCUUUCUCUCCCCACUCCUGUCUCUUUUCGAUCUCUCUUGGUCAGGUUGUUUUAAAAGAAAAAGAGUAAAUGAAUUUGACAAGCACUUAAUGCAGAUCACUGGUGCAGCUACUCAGUGUUUUAUUUUUAAAGUUGUGUGUUUUGCCACAAAGCAACAAAGCAAAAGCAAACUGAAUCAAUUGAUAUUUUUCAUCAAGUAGUUUCAAUAUGGUGAAAGGGGGUGUUUAUUCCUGUCCCCCUUUUUGGUGUCUUUACUUUUGUUUUUUUGUUUUUGUUCUCUCUCCCCUCUCCCCCUUUUUUUGCUUCAUUUCAAUACAACGUGUCUGGUUAUAAUAUUGACUCUCUGGUGGUGUUGUGGUAGCAGAGCAAAAUUUUUGUAAAGUGUGAAUAAAUUAUGUAUCUUGUUUCCUUUCUUUGA